UCAGGAUGUCAGCAGAGUUGUCAAUUUAUAAGAAGAAGCGACGCGUCUCUUCAAGAAACAUCGGAGUGUUGAGGUUUUGAUUAAAAAUCACGACUCGAAAGAUAAGCAUUGGGUGCAAUGUCAACAUCAGAUCUGGAAAGAAGACGACCCUGCAAAGUUACCGAACUUGCAUGGGAUUGAAUGCUCUUCACAAUGAAUUCGGACAAUUAUCUGACAGCUUCGGGAGACAAGGUCUAGAUCUAGGUCUAUGUCUUUGUCAAGACAUAAUCUACAUCAAGAGCAACUCACAUGCCCGAAUGGACAGAACCGUAUUGAUGGAAAUUCCGAAGCUCCGUUACAACAGCGGAUUCGGACCCGAAAUGUGGAAUGUCAAUGUCAUCAAACUCACUAACAUUCAGACAAUAUGGAACGCGCUCUUGCAGGCAUGCCACGUCGCAUUACUGACUGUCCACAUGAUAGUAUACUUCAGGAGGCACGGUUUAUAUUAAAAAAUGAAUCUUACACGAAUCAGAAUCUGUCACCGUCGCUGUUUGUCAAGGACCUGGUACGUUCAAACAAUGAUCGAUGUUUUAGAUCAGCACAGUUCAUGAAAUCCGAUCGUCGAGCAUGAAACUAUACUACACGUUACCGACUGCGUCACGUUCAAUCUCCUGGUUACCAACUGAGGACCGUUUCAAAGGAGAAAUUCCGCAAUUUGCAGCCGCCCAUACAUUGAGAACGCUAGCCGGUAAGGCAGAGCCAACAAUCAAUUGUGGUGGGCACCCUCGAUUUCGGUAAUGUACAGUCAUCGGUAACGAUGUGAAAUCAGAUUCGGCUUUGCUGUUUAUUACGUUGCAAAUGUAAUAUCUUCAGAAACUCUCUCCUUGGUACACAGAACAAGGGCUUCUUGUACUAAUCAGGUCCGUGAACGGAAUUAUUCAGCAAGAUGAGCAAAAGACGUAAAGAAGGCCAUCAUUAGAACAUGAACAAUCAUGACGCUGCUCUGAUACGAGUCCGAGAGCGGACGAUUUUAUGAAAUCUUGACAAAUUUACGAGGAUCGUCCAUUGAGAUUUCCUUCCUUUAAAGUAGCAAGUCUGACCACCGUUAUCAUUUAAGCUUGUGGGAGGGGCAGAACUUCCUGAAUCCAAAUAGGUUUGAUGACGAAGCAUUCACCGGUAAACAACAGACUAGGAUCAGUUACUAACAGUUACUGGAUUCUACUAACAUAUUUCUCUCAAGAGGAUAUUGGAAUUACUAAGUAAAAAAGGAUCAGGACUUAUGCCAUGGAUCCUAACGAUGAGGAAGAAGCUCAGCGUAUAGCGAAAAUCCUGACUGGAAAAUCACCUGUGUUCUUAAAAAGAGUUCUCAAGUUAAGUGGCCGGGAUGAUCUCGCUCGACUCGUGGAACCUGGCCAACAAGAUCGACGUAGAGACGAGAUGGCCCAGAAACUCGGUGCCCUUAAGAAACAGACAGCUAGUCUUGCCGACCAACUCAGAAACUCACAAGAACAAGCAGCGAAUCUCGCCCAGUUGUUGGACCUGUUAUCUCAGAAUCAGGGGAGUCCGGCUGCUGCACCAACAAGUUCAGGAGGUGGGCGUGUUCCAAGUCCAGUAGGUGGAUCACCAGGUGGGCGUGUUCCAAGUCCAGUAGGUGGAUCACCAGGACGAUCUGUUCCAAGUCCAGUAGGUGGAUCACCAGGACGAUCUGUUCCAAGCCCAGUAGGUGGAUCACCAGCACGACCUGCUCCAGAGUCUGCAAUUGAAGAUUCGAGUCCAGGUUCAAUUCCUCGACCCGAUCCCAAGCGACGGAGACUCAACGACUCAGAGCCGCCAGGAGCAACUGGUACAGCUGCUCCUUCUAGGCAACAAUCACCUCCAGCUCCAGCUCCAGCUCCAGCAGCUGGAUUAGCACAGACUGAAUGGCGCGAUCCGCUAUAUUAUAAGCCUUCCGCUCAAGACGAUCCAGAUGGAUUUCGGGCAGGUUCUCCAAUUCCUUCCGAUAUUUCUAGAGUCCAGAUUGUGGUUGAGCAGGCCCAACCAGUUCCACCUGCAACUGCAGUGGUCGUGGAUGAGCCAAUCUUUCCUCCUUCUCCCAGAAACAGCACUGCUCCAGAAUUGAGAAAGCUGGUUCUGACUCCAGUGUCAUGGCUAGACGACGACUUUGAUCCCAAGUUGCUAGCAGAGGCCCGUGCCCGAAACUAUGCGAAGGAAAGAGGUAUACAACGACCCGAAGUAAAUGUAAAUGAUCCCCGCGUACAAUUACUGACGCUGAGGGCCGAGACGAGGAUUGCCUACUUAUCGCAGAUACAGGAGGAAUUCAUAUCCACGAUGUGGCACGACUCACGGACAGUUGAACGGAAAACUCAGAUGAUCCGGGAAGUGUUGCAUACCGUGAACGUGUACAAGUCAGCGUUGGUACGAGAAGCGAGACACUGCUCCUUGAUGUGCUUUGGAAAUCACGACGAUCCUCUCGGCUGCUGCUGGCUCGAAAAAUUCGACUCCGUCAGUCAACAGGCUCCAGGCACCAGAUGGGUUAGAGCGCUGCAAGUGUACCAACGGGAUAUUACAUGCAUCAUCGUCAACCAUAUAAUUGACGACCCGACUGUAAGGGGAGUGAAGCGAUAUCCGAAAUUUAUCAUAGACAUCAUGGAAGAAUGGCAAAAACUUCACCGGGAUAAUCCAAAUCCAGAUGGAGCAGAGCUUCAGGAGCUCCAAAGUAGAACAGGACUCCCACCAAAAAGGAUCCAAAUAUACCUGCAAAGAUAUCGUUGGGAGAAAUUGCAUCCCAUUUUGCAUGACGAUGUACCACUUCCGCCCCCCGGAGAACGAAUACCACUCCAAUAUCAAUUGGUGAGAUUGGCAGCCAGCAGUAGGAAAAAGCCCUGGGUUUCAAAACCCAAUGCAGCAUAUAUUGGCAAGUCGAUAGGCUGUACGGGCGCGCAGGUUGUGCGCUGGCAUCAAAUCUUUCGACAGAGAAACCCAGGUCUCGUAAAAGAUAGACGUACAGUGACGAGAGCGGAAGUAGUGGAGGCAGUGAACAACACCAUGGAAGGGUUGAUGAGUGCUGAAGAAUACGAUCGACGUCGGAGAGCUUAUGUUGCAGCUCAACAGCAACACGAGGAGGACCAUCCGGAGCUUUCAGAAGCCCAAGACGAAUCCAAGUUCGAAAAAGAAUUGGAAGACAUGUUGGAGGCUGAGAAGGAUCUCACAGGAGGCAACGUUACACCAGAGCGGGAGCCAGAGGCAGAUCCAGAGGCAGAUCCAGGGCCGGAGCUAGAUGUAGCCGAAGAUCAGACUGGAGGAGCACUCAUGCUGUCUGAUGGAGAAGAGAUGGAGCUUGCACCAGUAGAUGGUUCAACCGAAGAUCAGACUGGAGGAGCACUCACGCUGUCGCCUGGAGGACAAGUGCAGCUUCCACCAGUAGAUGGUUCAACCGAAGAUCAGACUGGAGGAGCACUCACGCUGCCUCCGGGAGGACAAGUGCAGCUUCCACCAGUAGAUGGUUCAACCGAUGGAGAGACUUCCUCACGCGCAAGAGAAGAUCAGAAAAUGCGGGAUCUAGAGGCCGAGCUAUAUGAAGAUAUUCGCAAUGUGGGCGAAGAUGCUGCUUCAAUUGAUUAUCUGAAACAAUGCCUAACUGAGGCGGCAGCCAUUCCAGAAAUCGAGCUGCCACCAUUUUUAGAUGCAAGUCCGGGAAGUGGGUCCAAGUCCGUGUAUGUGGCAGAAGAACUUUAUGGAGGCUCUGCAGUUGAGGCAACAGCUCCACCUCAAGCGCAAUCUGAAAGAGUACCGACUCGGGCGGAGGCGGGAACUCCCGGACUUGGAGGACCGGAUUCUUCAGCACUAACACCGGCAGGACCGUCGGAUUCUCUCGGAACGGGGCGACCGGCGUCUCCCCAACCUAGAAGCCCAGCGGCUCGACCAGGAUCCAGCCCCUCCGGAGCCGGACAACCGGCGUCUCCCCAGCCUAGAACUCCAGCGGAUGAAGCAGAAGUCCUGCUUGACUGGCUCCUGUCUACUCCUGAAGGACCGGAUUCUCCUCCGGGCUUCCUACUAGCACCAACACCGGCAGAACUGUCAGGCUCUCCCGGAACGGGGCGACCGGCGUCUCCCCAACCUAGAAGCCCAGCGGCUCGAGCAGGAUCCAGCCCCUCCGGAGCCGGACGACCGGCGUCUCCCCAGCCUAGAAGCCCAGCGGCUCGAGCAGGAUCCAGCCCCUCCGGAGCCGGACGACCGGCGUCUCCCCAGCCUAGAAGCCCAGCGGCUCGAGCAGGAUCCAGCCCCUCCAAAGCCGGACGACCGGCGUCUCCCCAGCCUGGAAGUCCAGGGGGUGAAGCAGCAGUCAUGCUUGACUGGCUCCUGGCUACUCCUGAAGGACCGGAUUCUCCACCGGGCUUCCCACCAUCACCAACACCGGCAGGACCGUCAGGCUCUCCCGGAACGGGGCAACCGGCGUCUCCCCAACCUAGAAGCCCCGCGGCUCCAGCAGGAUCCAGCCCCUCCGGAGCCGGACGACCGGCGUCUCCCCAGCCUAGAAGCCCAGCGGCUCAAGCAGGAUCCAGCCCCUCCGGAGCCCUACGACCGGCGUCUCCCCAGCCUAGAAGCCCAGCGGCUCAAGCAGGACCCAGCACCUCCGGAACGGGACAACCAGCUCCGGCGCCAAGACAGUUGCCGGCACCGCCGGCGUGGCCGAGGACCAAAGCGCAAGCUCGUGGGUCGAAAUCGGCCCGUCAACCUGCAGCCGACCCUGGACAAGCUCCAAGGCAGGCCCCCGCAGGCCCGCCUGGGCCGGACGGAGCAGGAGUUGUAGACCGACAACAGCCUGCCCCCAGGCCUGAACAAGCUCCAAGGCAGGCCCCCGCAGGCCCGCCUGGGCCGGACGGAGCAGGAGUUGUAGACCGACAACAGCCUGCCCCCAGGCCUGGACAAGCUCCAAGGCAGGCCCCACAAGGCCCGCCUGGGCCGGAGCCGGAUCCGGGAUCGGGGUCGGAGUCAGAAUCGGAAUCCGAUGAGGAGGCCGAGGAGGCCGAGGAGGGCGACGCGAAGAAAGGUCGGGAGAAAACCCCUGAACCGGAUGCUGACUGGUUCGAGGCCAGUCGUCAGGACAUUGCGGCCAGACUGGAAGGGGAUGUCCCGUUCGUGGCUGACUCGGUGCGGGGUGUCCUCAUGGCGGACUCUACUCUGGAAAUGAAGAAAAAGGCUAUAGAGGAGAAAGAUGUGCUGCAGAUGAUCAGGUGGCAUUAUCAAGACUAUAUGGUUCCCCCUAAUUCUCCCCUAGACGAGACUAUGAUUCGAGUUAACGAUAACUGUCAAAAGCUGGUGGACUUAUACAGAAUGCGAAUCAUCAAUCGACCUCGACACGUCAAAGCAAGCUGCGAUGAGCAAGUCGAUCCACGUCGUUGUUGCUGGAAUAAACAUUUCAAGCUCAUUGAGGAGGAGCCGGAUGAGGAUAAAAAGAAAGAAAUGAUCCUACUUUGGUUCAGGCGGGAGAUGAUCGGAACCAUUAUGGGGAGCCUGAAAACGGAUCCCAAAUGGGGUAAAGGAGUAAAAAUCAAAUAUUGGCCACAAUUUUGUCUCAACAAACUCACUACAUUUUAUGAAGUGAACGAGUUCAAUCCAUAUGCUUUUCGAUUGACGCCGGCUCUUGCAGAAGAGACAGGAAUGCAUCUAGAUGGUAUAAAGAACUGGAUAAGGAAUCGCAGGGCGAAGGCUGCACGUCUGAGAGGGUCUGUACAGAAGCAGCGAUUAUUCACAAAACAAAUAAGGGAUAUUAUGAAACAAUGGAUUAUGGGAAGAUUGGACGACCCAUUUCUUUAUCCACUUGAUGUCAUUGCACUGAAUGCCCAGACGAAUUUGACAGAGAGGCAGAUCAAAGAUUGGCUCAAAGACUUUAAGAAAGCUCACAAAAAUCUGAUUAACCCGGCUCUCAAGCAUAAUCCCGCCAAAAGAAGGGCCCAAGUGAAGCAGAUAGCAGAAGGGCAGAUUGCACCGCAACCCCCUGAUCCAUAGGUGGCUGAUGAGUACCCCUCAGGCGACAAAUAGAGUCCUCAUACACCAAUAUCAUGUGUAGGAACAUUUACCAGACCUUAACGUGUCAGAAGAUUUUCCAAAUGUACGGACUAGUGUUUAAUUUCUUCAAAACAUUUCCCAACUCGAGAAGUUUGAUGUGAUAUAUGCGU